AUACACUAGAUCACUAUAUGUAUACAAAUAUUUGCAAAUAUACUUGUAACAAAAUUGCAGGCUUGCACUGAUCAACAUAUAUUGCAAAUAUCAACUAGCAAUGCAAGCCCAAAAAAGAUUUGCAUUAAAAUUACAAGGGAGACCAAUGGAAGCUUUCUCCUCCCUUUUCUUCUUCUUCUUCUUCCCCCUCAUUGCGAUGUUUUCCACGGGUUCGGCGCAAAUGGAGCCCACUUUUGCGUGUGACGUCGACAAGGUUCCGGCGUAUAGGAAUUUCACUUUCUGUGAUGCGUCGUUGGAUGUGAAGACAAGAGUGGAUGAUCUGCUCAAAAGGUUGAGUUUGCGGGAGAAGAUUUCGUUCCUGGUCACGGAGGCGAGCAACGUGACCCGGCUCGGGAUCCCCAAAUACCAAUGGUGGUCCGAGGCGUUGCACGGGGUGGACCUGAUCAAGAGCCCCGGUUACACCAGUCUCGUCCCGGGUUCCACCAUCUUCCCCGCCCCCAUCCUCAGUGCCGCGUCAUUCAAUGUGACCUUGUUUCACUCCAUUGCUAAGGCAAUAUCGACGGAGGCUAGAGCAACGCACAAUCUUGGAUUGGCAGGUCUGACAUUUUUCACACCAAACCUUAACAUAUUCAGGGACCCGAGGUGGGGUAGGGGCCAGGAAACUCCGGGGGAAGAUCCACUGCUUACGAGCAAGUACGCCGUUGCAUAUGUCAAAGGACUUCAACAGCACGAUGAUGGCGAUAGUAAUGGAAAGCUCAAAAUUGCUGGAUGUUGCAAGCACUACACUGCUUAUGAUCUGGAUAAUUGGAAUGGAAUCUCUCGAUAUACUUUCAAUGCUGUGGUGACUAAACAAGACAUGGAGGAUACAUUCCAGCCUCCCUUUGAGAGCUGCGUUCGGGACGCAAAGGCUGCAAGUGUGAUGUGCUCUUACAACCAAGUCAACGGGAAGCCAGUUUGUGGCGAUCCCGAUUUGUUAGCUGGAGUGGUCAGAGGAAAAUGGAACCUGAAUGGAUACAUUGUGACCGACUGUGAUUCGCUCAACAAGAUUUUCAACGAUCAGCACUACACGAAAACGCCAGAAGAGACUGUUGCUCUAGGCUUGAAAGCAGGGGUAGACAUCAAUUGUGCAUUUUUUUCGGCUAACCACACUCAAGCUGCAAUCGACAAAGGACUUGUGAAUGAAACCGACGUUGAUAGAGCUUUGGAAAAUGGUUUUUCCACUCUGAUGCGACUCGGUUUCUUUGAUGGAAAUCCAAAGAAGCAAUUCUAUGGGAAUCUUGGGACUAAAGAUAUUUGUUCUCAAGACAAUCAGGACCUUGCUGAGGAAGCUGCAAGGGAGGGCAUAGUCUUGCUAAAGAAUUCUCCCGGUUCACUCCCUCUCCUUGCCACCUCAAUAAAUUCUUUAGGAGUGAUUGGACCAAAUGCUAAUGCAACUAAAUCUAUGUUGGGAAAUUAUGCAGGCAUCCCAUGUAGGUACACAUCUCCUUUACAAGGGCUAACCAGGUUUGUGCCAACUGUGUAUACUCCGGGAUGCAAAGACGUAUACUGUGAGACUCUAAGCAUUAACGAGGCCAAGAAAAUUGCCUCAGGUGUAGACGCCGUUGUCUUGAUAAUGGGCUCUGACGUUUUGAUCGAGAAUGAAGGCCUCGAUAGGAUCAAUAUCACUCUUCCGGGGAAGCAGUCUGCUCUAGUAUCAGAAGUUUCAAAGAUUUCCAAAGGACCUGUCAUCCUUGUCAUAUUGUCUGGAGGUGGAAUGGAUGUGUCCUUCGCCAUCGAUAAUCCAGCCAUAACAAGCAUCCUAUGGGUUGGGUUCCCUGGUGAAGCCGGUGGUACUGCCAUUGCUGAUGUUAUUUUUGGGUCACAUAACCCAAGUGGGAAGCUACCAGUGACAUGGUAUCCACAAUCCUACGUAGAGGGCGUGCCAAUGACAGAUAUGCGCAUGAGACCAGAUCCUAAGUCUGGCUAUCUCGGCAGGACAUACAGAUUCUACAAAGGACCAACUGUCUUUGAUUUCGGGCAUGGGUUGAGCUACACCAAUUUCACACACACCAUUGUCAUUGGACCACCCAAAACCAUCCAUUUGCACCCCAAAGAGAACCAUUUUUGUAAUGCUGUUGAGUGCGACCCCAUUGCUAUUCAACACUCUUCGUUUUCUCUGCAAAUGAAAGUAAAGAAUGUUGGAGAUCGAAGUGGGUGUGACACAAUCAUCCUGUAUUCCUCACCCCCUCCCGUUCAUAGUGCACCACAAAAGCACCUGUUGGACUUUAGCAAGGUAUGUUUGUUGCCUAAGGAAGAAGUGUUGGUGAAGUUUAGCCUCCACGUCAAAGAUUUGAGUGUGACUAAUGAGAAUGGAGAUAAACGAAUUCUUUUAGGACGCUAUGUCAUUCACUUGGGAGAAAUAACCCAAACCUUGGUUCUCACAAUAUGAAUUAAUGUAAUACUCCGUAUCAUCAUCAAUGUUUAAAAAGUCCUUAGAGUUCGUUUG